GCUCCAGCGGCACGACCCAGGAGGGCGGACUCUUUUAACCCUCGCUGUCUUCCCCUCCCUCUUCCUUUUUAAAGGACGCCUUCCAGGCAGAGCUGUCAGCAGCCGGAGAGGCCGUUUGUAUUUGGUUGCUGCCGGGCCUACUCCUACUCGCCUAACAGACGGGCGGGGCUGAGCGGCAGCUAGUCCCCGGGACCCGCACGUGAGAAAGUCUUUUCCCUACCGGCUCCGCAACGGACCCACGAGUCGGGGUGCUGUGCAGCCCUGCAGCUGCCACUUCUGGGCGCGACGGCUCCUGUGAGGGGUGGGGAGGAAGGUAGCAGGGGGGUUGGCGCGCCCCUUGCGCCAAGAGAGCUAUGAGCCGGGCAAAGGGCAGCAGCAGCCUCAGCAACAACCUCGGCCGGCGCCUCCCGCGGUCCCUCCGGGCGCCCUCGCCAACACGCCCCCGUGCACCAUGCUGACCCCCGGCCUCCAAAAUCCGCUCUGCUGUUCUUGCCGCCUCCCCGGCCCCUGCUAACCCGCGCGGAAGAGGCCUCGCCGCCCGGGGAGGCGGAACCGAGGUGCGUCCGGAGUCGCCCGGUCCACGAGCCCAGGCUCGGCCCCUCGUUCUCCAGCUGUGUUCCCCUCCCCGCCGCCCAGGGCAUCCUGCGGCGAUGGGGGCGCUGCUGGCACUCUGCCUUCUCCUAGGCUGGCUGCGCUGGGGUCCGGCGGGCGCUCAGCAGUCAGGAGAGUACUGCCAUGGUUGGGUGGACGUGCAGGGCAACUAUCACGAGGGCUUCCAGUGCCCGGAGGGUUUCGACACGCUGGACGCCACCAUCUGCUGCGGCUCCUGCGCGCUGCGCUACUGCUGCGCCGCGGCUGACGCCAGGCUGGAGCAGGGAGGCUGCACCAACGACCGCGGGGAGUUGGAGCACCCCGGCAUCACCGCCCAGCCUGUCUAUGUCCCCUUCCUGAUCGUCGGCUCCAUCUUCAUCGCAUUCAUCAUCCUGGGCUCUUUAGUGGCGAUUUAUUGCUGUACCUGCUUGAGACCCAAGGAGCCCUCGCAGCAACCAAUCCGCUUCUCGCUGCGCAGCUAUCAGACAGAGACCCUGCCCAUGAUCUUGACUUCCACAAGCCUCAGGGCACCUUCUAGGCAAUCCAGCACAGCCACCAGUUCCAGCUCCACGGGGGGCUCCAUCCGCCGGUUCUCCUUUGCCAGGGCUGAGCCAGGCUGCCUGGUGCCCUCACCACCCCCACCUUAUACCACUGGCCACCCAAUCCACCUGACCCAGCCAUCUGGUUUCUUGGUGUCACCCCAAUACUUUGCUUACCCCCUCCAGCAGGAGCCCCCUCUGCCUGGGAAGAGCUGCCCAGACUUCAGUUCCAGUUGACUGGCCCCAGCCAUGAAUCCACCCCAUAGUAAAAUGGUGGACAGGUGCAAUGCUGCUGCCAUUGUCACGUGCAUUUCUGAGGAAAUUCCCCUUAAACAGAGCAGUGUCAUGGAGGAAAGUGCACCUGCUGCUCUUUAGGUUCCUGGCUCCAAUCUUGACAUAUCCAUGUUAGGUAACGGCUUUCUGGCUUCGAACACAUGGUGGUCAUCAGAUUUCAACUUACAUUACUUUCACUCAAAAUAUGCAGCAGUUCAACUUUAAAGAAGUAAACUGUCUGAAAAUGUUUUACUGGAAUACUCAGCUAUACGUUUUAGAAAAGGGCUUAGAAAAGUUCCUUUUUCAACAUAAGGUGUUUAUUGAGUUGUAAUUCAAUAAAUGUAUACAUAGAUAAAGAAAAAUACCUGAUUGUAAUAAUCAAAGAUUCAUUUAAAAAAUUAAUAACUAAGUAAACUGAGGGGGCAGUGAAUAAUCUAUUUAUGAUUUGGGGAUUAACCUAACCAUGAAUAAUACUAGCAUGAUGGGAAUUUACUUUAAAAAUUAAUAACUAAAUUUUGCUUAAAAUGAGUCCACCCAGAAAACCAGGUUUGAAUAACCAUAUGAGAUGUUUAAGGUUUUAGAUAUUUACUCAGAUAUUCACUGUAACACAGAUCCUAUGUAAAAGCAUCACACCACCCACCUGAGGGAGUAUUUAUUUCAGACUUUUUGUUCAGCAGCAUUUAAUGUUUAAAUGAAAGUUGGACAGCUGGGUCUUAAAGCAUUUAUUUGUAAAAUGAGUUAUGUACAAAUGUAAAGAUUUGUAAUUUAAUGUAUUUACCACAUUGACGGUACUAAUUAUUUAGUAGUCACACUGUAAUUUUUUUUAUGUUAAUAACUCUGGUGUUCAAAGUCCAGCUAUUGGCUAUAACCAUCUAACAUUAUAUAGUGUCACUGAAUCCAUGUCUGAUGACCACAUAUAUCCUGCUGGGUUUGAAUGAAUGAAAUACUUUAUGUUUUCAUGAAAUCUAUUUGAAAUUUUAAAUCAAAGCACUUCAUAUUACCUCUCUAAUGAUACUC